AGGCUAUUUCAUUUGAUCAUAGCAGCAACAGGAUUUCUCACGGAGAAAUAGACCUGAGAAGAUCCUGAUGCCGAAGAGAGAGGGAGAGAAAAUAGCCUUCUCUGGAGGAAGAUCAGGUUUUAAAACAUUGCCCUGGCUGAGACUUAGAGCCCUACGCAGCGCAGCUUGCUUGAGCAGAGGCUGAAAUCUUGCCAAAUUGUGGCUUAAGGCAUGGCUGUAUCCUUCCAGGCACUGUUGUCCUUGCUGCUGCUAGGCCUGUUCAGCAACACUGGGAGAGGACAGCGAAACCCAGAGGUAUUCUGUGGAGCAUGUAGGGCUCUUGCUGAUGAGUUGGCGUACGACAUCAAGAAAAUCGGACCAAAGAGAACUGUAAAUUCGGGGACAUUUCGAAUCAACCCUGAUGGUACACGAGGGAAAAAAAAGAUCCCUUUUGCAAAGUCAGAGACCUUCUUAACAGACAUUUUGGAAAAUGUAUGUGAUCGGAUGAAUGAUUAUCAACUUCAGGAUGAUCCUGUAACUAACAAAAAGAUAUUCAAGAGAUAUGCUCCCAGGAAGGAUGAGGAAAUAUAUGCAGAAUAUAAAAAAUAUUUCUUUUAUUCUGACGCUUAUAAGCCCUUGAAAUACGCGUGUGAAACUAUCAUAGAACAGUAUGAAGAUGAAAUAUUCUCACUUAUCGCCCAGGAGGCAGACUUUCUGGCUGACAAGCUGUGCAUUGAAAAAUCAGGUCUUUGUCCAAAACCUGAGAUGCACAGUGACCUGUAAAAGGCAGCAAUCUUAUAUUAUUAUUAUUAUCAUCAUCAUCUGGAUGAAGAACAUUAACUAAAAUAAUCCUACAGUCUCUACCUUCCAUUAAUCUCCAUAACAAAACGUUCAUAUAGACAGAUAUAUUAACAUGCCUGUUUGUGUGGUCUGUUUCGGAUUCUGGAUUGAGUCAGUGGGAAAAAGUCUUCAGCUUAUAAAGCUGCUACUCAAAAGAAACCCUCUGCCUUUCAUAGGAGAGCCUGUUAAUUAUGAGUGAAAAUGCCAUUACAAACCCAUGUGACUUAGACUUUUCCAAACUUUGUGCCUAUUCUGAUGGUCUAAUUUAUCUCCAGAGACACAAGCACCCACCUUAAAUGAGAAAAGUGUAGGGUUCUUUCUAGCUAGCAACCAACCUACUGAUUCACUUUCCUGAGCUGUGGAAGGGCAGUUUUCUAAACCAGUACUCAAACCAUCCUUUCAAAUGGAUGUGCCUUAUAUAAAAUGGUUUUGUUUAGGAGCAAAGUGUCACCAACAGAUUUUGUCUUGGAUUUGGGAAGAGAAUGGGUAAGGAAAAAGAAAUACUGUAACUGAAUGGCUGAUCUCGUUGGAUAAUCCAACCAGUACAUAUGGCAGCUACUUAUAUGUCUUGUCAUAAUUUUUAAAAAAUCAGUUUGUAAGUAGGCAGUUUAGGUAGGAAAGCAUAGCUCUGGCACCAGUAAACCAUGUCUAAUAGUUUGAUUGGAAGGUAUUAUUAACUCAGAGAAUAUAUUUGUUUAUUGUUUCUAACACUGUAUAAUAAAAAGCUCU